GAUGAACAUCUAUUCCGAGCCGCCUUUGACCUCGGAGGGCCGGGAGUGGUGGGUGGUGGUGACCCAGUGGGGAGACUCUCUUUUUACAGGGCUCUUCAUGCUGGAUGUUGGUAUUCGCAUCAUCGUCCUAAGGCUGCAGUUUUGGAAGAUUUGGGUGAACUAUGUGGACGUGGCAGUGACCAUCGUUUCCUUCAUGGAGGUCCUGAGCUUUGCCGUGCCCGUGAAGGUGAACGCAGCCAUCUUCCGGCUGCUGCGGAUCGGCAAGUUGGCGCGCGCCAUCCGUAUGUUGCCUGUGACCAAUGCUUUGGGUUCGCUACAAUUGUUGGUCAAGGGCCUUGUGGCCAGUAGGGGAAUGCUCUUCUGGAGUUUUUGCUUGUUGACCUUCCUACAAUGCGUUGCUGGCAUGGUCAUCAGCACCCUUUGUCGCGACUACCUCCUGGAGCGGAUCAGUGAUGCGCCCAACUCCCAGGCUGUACAGGAUGUGUUUAUGCACUACGGCACCUUUUCGCGGACCUUCCUCACGAUGUUUGAGAUCCUGUUUGCCAAUUGGGGUCCGCCCGCGCGCAUCUUGGUGGACAACGUCAGUGAGUGGUAUUCCAUUUUCUUUCUGCUCUAUCGCUGUGUGCUGGGCUUUGCUGUGAUCAACGUGGUCAACGCAAUUUUUGUGCAGCAGACGCUGAAAACGGCCAGCUCGGAUGAAGAACUGUCCUUCAAACAGAAAGAAAAAGAUAUUGCGAUGUACGCGAACAAGGUCAAAAAGCUCUUCCAAACCAUGGACUUUUCAGGAGAUGGAGCCAUCAAUUUGGAGGAGCCCAGGGUGCGCCCCAGGGAUGGCUAUGGCCCGUAG